AGCUCAGUCAGUGAGUUACACAGCAAGUGCAGAGCAGCUCACACUGCGAUAAAACACGCCGGACAGACUCCGUUUCCUCAACAACCAGCUUCACCGAGGAGCGAGGCUGGAGAAACCCUCGACAUGUGACCGCUGCUGACUGUCGACAUGUAGUUUCAUUUUAUCUUUCUUUUUUAAUUUGAUUUUCUUCGUCAUAAAGACUCAAAACAGGACUUGCAAUCAAGCGCCGCGCAGUCGUCCUGUGGAUUUGCCAGGAAUAUUUCAUCCUCAUUUUCCGAAUCUUUCUUGUUCCUGCUAAGGACGACGAGCGACUGAAUAAACGAGCGACUGAAAACAUCGCACUGACCCCCAGCAAUAACCAGCAACGACCGACGGCAAGACCUUUGGUUUUAACAUCAGUGUUUUUUCGAUUUUAGUUUUUUUGCCAUUGGAGAAGCGUUGAAAGGAAUUUAAUCACUUUCGGAAUCGAGUCGGUUCAUCUUCACCAGUGUGAUACGGUCUUAGAGGCAGCCCUUAACUAUGGGAUUUCAGAACUACUGAGGGCACUUUCACAAAAGGAGGGAAAAGGGGCCGGCAUCGAGAACAAAAGGGGAGGAUUGAGCUUUUGAAAAGAGGAUCAGUUCUUUCGGACUCAGCGGGGUGCAUGCUGCCCCCUCAACUGGACGUCCUCUUUUGUGCGAGCGAGAGAAAAUAAAAGCAGGCAUGCGCAAUAAACUGAGAGAGUUCCGGGAUGGGGGACGCCCCAUGCUGGGGCACAGGGACAGGACUCUUCUGGUGCUGCUGAUCGCAAUGGUGCUGACAGUAACGGAAGUGCGGGCUUCCUGGGAUCAGAACCCGAUGGAAGUUCUAGGCGACGUAAGGCAGCUGGAGGCGUCUAUGCAUUCGGCGGUGCUGUCGGACAUACGCGAGGCGGAAGCGGCGGUUGCAGCCGUGUCGCAGCCUAGCGGCUUUCCAGACUCCUCGGCGGUGGUGGGGAGGGUGUUCCAAAUGCGGGUGCCCAUCAAAGCAAAGAACUCCAGGAGCACACUAAAGAUCACAGAAGCAAGCAAGGAUGUGCUCCCAGCGUGGUUGCAUUGGGAUGCAGAGAGUGGCACACUUCAAGGCCUUCCUCUAGAGACAGACAAGGGCGUUCACUACAUAUCUGUUUCGGUUUCCAAUGAGAGCCAAGUCUCCCAAAGCCCAGAUGUGUUCUCCAUUGAGGUGCACCCAGAGGAGCAUGCUGAUACGGACCCUUUUCAGCUAGCGAUUCAACAGUCAACCAGCAAUGACGCCCAACCUUUCAUCUGUGGCAAUGAGGAGCCUGUUACUGUGCUUACCGUCAUUCUGGAUGCUGACCUUACAAAGAUGAGCUCGAAGCAGAGGGUGGAACUACUCGGCAACAUGAAAAAGUUUUCCGGCAUGGGCCUUCAGCACAUGAAGAUUUUGCCUGUGGUCAACAAUCGUUUGUUUGACAUGUCCGCUUUCAUGGCAGGACCAGGAAAUGCCAAGAAGGUGGUUGAAAACGGAGCCCUUUUGUCCUGGAAACUUGGCUGCAGUCUGGAUCAAAGCAGCAUUCCUGAUAUCAGCAGUGUUCAGGUUCCAGCAAAAGAGGGAACCAUGUCCGCACAGUUGGGAUAUCCAGUCGUCGGAUGGCAUAUCGCUAACAAAAAGCCCCAUGUGCCCAAAAGGGUGCGAAGGCAGCUCAACAACACCCCCACUCCCAUUCCCUCAUUACUGCCCCCAACAACUUACCCUGAGCCCCCCAUCCGUAUUGUUCCCACACCGACUUCUCCUUCUAUCGCUCCUACCUCAGACACUUCUGCCCCACCUGUUCGCGGUCCGGUGCCACUUCCUGUGAAACCUACCAUCAGAAACAGUUAUCCCACUGCCUACACUCCAACCCUAGGCCCCCCUCAACCAACACGAGUAAUGGAAUCCACCAGCACUAUCGCCAUCCAGCCCACCGUGACAAGGCCUGUGUAUGUUGGACCCUCCGUGACCCCAGCAACACCAACCACCAGGAAACCAACAAAGAAACCUGGAAAGAAACCCAAGACAACUCCGAUAUCAAAAGAACCCAAGACCACCACAACAAAGCCACCGAGGCGCACAACACCCCCUGUUAUUCCAGUAGAUGGCAAUAUAAAACCCCAACUGCGAAACCCAAUCGAUCAGGUAAAUGCCUAUGUUGGCACCUACUUCGAGGUGAAGGUUCCAUCCGAUACGUUCUUUGACAAAGAGGAUGGAACUACCGAUAAGUUGAGACUCACCUUGCGGAAGGGCAACGAUGUGGUCGGAGACGAUUCCUGGAUACAGUUCAAUAGCACAAGCCAGUUGCUCUAUGGAUUACCAGACCAGGAGCAUGAAGGAAAGCAUGAGUAUUUCAUGCAGGCAACUGACAAAGGAGGCCUCUACGCAGUAGAUGCCUUCGAGGUCCGUGUCAAUCGAUGGGGAAACAACGUCAAGCCACCGGUGCUGUUUACCGCUGUGUUUGAAGGGGAUGCACGUACCGUCACCAAUGACAUUCACAAGAAGAUCCUUCUCGUCAAGAAACUGGCUCAAUCAUUCGGAGAUCGCAACAGCAGCACCGUUACUCUGAAGAACAUCAUGAAGGGCUCUAUCAUAGUGGAAUGGACCAACAACAGCCUUCAGCAAAGCCCCUGCCCAAAAGACCAAAUACAGCAGUUGAGCCGAAAAAUCUCUAAUAACGAGGGUAAACCCUCACCGCAAUUCAUGCAUGUUAUGGAACCAGACUUCAAGGCCUUAAAUAUCACCGUCAGAGGCACGGCAAGUUGUCGCAGCUACAUGUUUGUCCCGUUCGGUGAGGUCCUAGAGCCAACAACCUCUCCUGUUACUCCUGCUGUGGGUCCAGGAAGGCAGAGCAACGAUGAUGUGUAUCUUCACACCGUCAUACCGGCAGUGGUGGUGGCAGCUAUUUUGCUGAUAGCCGGAAUAAUUGCCAUGAUCUGCUACCGCAAGAAGCGCAAGGGCAAGCUGACUAUCGAAGACCAAGCGACUUUCAUCAAGAAAGGAGUGCCCAUUAUUUUUGCGGAUGAGCUCGAUGACUCUAAGCCGCCCCCAUCUUCCAGCAUGCCCCUUAUCCUUCAAGAGGAAAAGCCUCCGCUUCCUCCACCAGAGUACCCUAACAUGGCUAGUCCAGAGACAACACCUCUCAACCAGGACCUUUUGGGAGAGUACACACCUUUACACGAUGAUGAUCCCAAUGCCCCUCCCUACCAGCCGCCUCCGCCCUUCUCUGCCCCUAUGGAGGGCAAAGGAUCCCGCCCUAAGAACAUGACCCCGUACAGAUCUCCACCCCCUUACGUGCCACCCUAAUGUUUGCCGAAACCUCCGGAGCAGGAGGAUGGGGAACUUUUGUAGUUCCACACCAGUGUGUUGUUUCUUUGCAUUAUGGGAUUUUUAGAAGGGGGGGAGGGGGUGCUGUUUGGGGUUUGAAUGUGAUGGGAUGAUUUUGUUAAACUGGACUCUUAUGGAGAUGUGGGAGGGCGGGGCAAGUGGAUAGUCUGCAAAGGACAGCAAAAACAACCUCAGCCUCUGACUACUCUGGUUAUUGCUAAACUGUUGGGGAUGUACCCUCCAGUCCUGGCGCUUUUGUGUCUAGAUGGGCUUUUUGACUAAUUAUUGGUUUUGUUUUGAUUUUUUUGGUUUGUUUUUGUUUCACGUUUUUUCAGAAUCAAAACUCCUUGCCUAACAGCACUCUUUCUAUCUUCUGAAUUCGUUAAUCUUGAAUAAUAUAAGCGGACAAUAAAGCUGACUGCAGGUGCGAAAGGUUUCAGAGAAAUUCAAUAACAGAAGGGGAAUAAAAGAAUGGCCUUGAGGGACUUGGACAGCCAUGCAGACAGUUUUGUGGGAUGUCGAUUCAUUAUGGUUUUGCCUUUUAACACGAAAUUAAACUGUUUUUAUUGUUAUUCACAUGUCUAGUUAAAUCACUACAAGAAGAGGUAGCCAAAACGAAAGAUUUGUUUAAUCCACUGUAUAUUUGAACGUUAUGUUAGAUCAUCUUUCAUUUUUAUUAUAUAUAUUUUUAUUUUUUUUUUUUUUUUUUUUUUUUUUUUAAGUUUUACACUGAGAUAAAAACACUAUUUUCCACCCCUCAGUUAUGAAAAACUUAUUAAAUCACUGAGUGAACAUCACGCGGUGUGCGUUCUGACUUGAGACGUGUGCUAUAUGGUUUCUUGCCAGCCAUGUGAAACUUCCGGAGGAGGUAAUCUCACGAGUGAGUCGUCUAUGCAGAUUCUGCCUUUGACCUGACAGGCCGGAGCCCGGUAUUGAUCUCACUUAAUCAUAUUUCCCACAGGCCAUGAAGAAAUCUUGUGAUUUAAUUGGUCGUACAGGUUGACGGGGUCUUUGCAUUCGUAAUUCUCUCAUAAAACAGCAGGAACAGUUCAGCACCCUCAAGUCAAAACCACCAAUAUACUGUUUCACCAGUUAGACACAAGCUACUGACAGUCAUUGAGACAGAUUGCUCAAUUUCAAAGACUUGAUUUAAUCAGAACAAGCUCGGUUUUGGAUGAUUUGUAGUUUCUUUGUUUCUUCCGUUUUCUUUUAUUUUUAUGUUAUGUUUCUUUUUUCUUUUUCUUUUUUUUUAAUAUAUAAAUAUAUAUAUAUUUCAGUGAUGAUUAUGGAGUAUAUGCCUUGGAUCCACUCAAAAUAAUUCAAAAUAAAGACUGAAGUUUUUGAUAAUGGUGACCCAUCCUCUACACAACGGUAUUGUUUAUUAAAUGUCAUGUCAUAAUUAUAUAUUUGCAGUUGAAUGCCAUAUUUUGCCUUGGUGGUAUCGCAGCAAGUGUCUUCUGUACAUAAUAUUCUGCCUGUGGAUAUAACUGUAUUUAUAGUCCAAACGUGUGUAAAUCGGAUAUGGUAAAAAAAGAAAUAGAGAAAAAAAAUAUUACAGUUUGUUUUAGAUGAGGGGUGAUUAUUUUUUAUAUAUAGUGAUGGUUAUAAAAAAAAUCUUUGAGCAAGGCCUGGAAUGGAAGGAGUAUAAAGUACUGGUUUAAUUUUAAAAAAAGCAUCAGAAAACUCCAAAAAAAUAAAAGAAAAGAGUAAGAUUGAUAAAAUCACAAUCUAAUUUUUUACAAAGUUUUUGAUACAGCCUCAAAUUGUUUAUUAAGAACAAUAAAUAUAUAGUGUACUGCAAUUUGUAAAACUUUAGUCUUGGUAAUUGAUUCAUAGCUUUUCCUCAUGAGUCUUUUUUUCUUAAGUGGUUAUCUUUAAGUUUGCUUUCGGCUUAUUGAACAAAAUAGAAAAAGCUAUGUUGUCGGGGGAAAAUGUCUUAUGUUAUACUUUAUUUUUUUCUGAUUUGUCUUUUACGCUCAUUUGUUUUGAGGUUUGAAUUCAAAAGUGACAUUUGCAAUAAUAAAGGUGUGGCGUAGUCACGGCUGGUCGGUACGAGUAGCGUUCGAGAUCUGUGUGAUACCUCCUCAAGUCUGACAACCCCUGACUGAAUUGUUCUGCCACGUAGGAGGUUAAGUAUGGAUGUAUUUUUCGGCGUGAUCGUAACUCGUUUUUUAAUGCUUCCAUUUAGCCUUUAUAGAUUUAUUAGUCAACCAAAAUCCAUGGCGGUUUGAUUUGAUGUUUCAUUUGUACGUACAGUACCAGCGUGUUGGUCUUGCAAAGAUACAGUAGGAUUGAGGUAUGAAUACAUUGCAAAAUGCACUUCAUCAUGGUACGGCAUUUUAAUAUUUUUUUCACAAAAGCAAAGUUGUGUAUUAUUCAUUUUAAACCUUAAAUUUGACUGAAUUUAGUAGGUUUAUACUAGAAACGACUAGUGGUGUGCCAAUGGGGUAAGAAAAAUGGCUAUUAUCAUACGCAAUUUUUCUUCACGAGUAAAUUUAUGUUUUUACAGGAAUACAUUUUUUGCAGUGUACGGCAAAAUCACCAACAGAAUGCAUAAUGUUGUCUAUUUUGUGGCCUUUUCUAAUGGUUUCUUUUGUUUUGGUGUUAUUUAUACAUCAUUUAUGUAGCAAUGAGUCUGUCGCAGUAAAGCUACUGCUUUCUCAUCAGCACAACUUUGAAUAAAUAUUUUAGGUGGAAAAACCAAAGAUGCAGAUUACAAAAUGGCUGUUGUUUGCUAGCGUCGAGUCUGCUGCUUUAGUUCAUGUUGAUUAUUCUUUUAUUCCUUCUUACAGUUUUAAAUAAAAGCAAUGAUGAACGAGUAAAAAUAUGAUACGUUUCUCCUCCGUCCCUUUUAAGAUUUUUUUCCUAAGUCUGUGUAGAAUAUUAACACAUAUAUUCAAUCUAUAUGGUUAUUUUCACAAACCCUAAGCUAAGUAUGAGUUUAAUCCAUCUUAAAAUAUAUUUUUAUUUUUCUGCACAGCCAUGAUGUUUUAUUUGUCAAAUCACUCAGCCUUACGUACAUUUUCAGCCUUUAGAAAACAAUUUGAUUACUGUAUGAAUAUAACUAAUUCUUAAAACUGGACUAUCAGGCUUUUAAGAUUGAUUAAAGAUCAUUAAAUGGGGGAAACGGUCAGUAUGUUUUCUUUCUGUAUGUAUAUGAGUUUUUCUCUUUUUUAUGUUUUUAACAUGUCCAACUUUUUUCAAUGUUACAAAGUGUGCAACCUCAACCUGUAUUGCGAAGACAAGCCGAGUUGGCAAAAGAUUGAACAUUUAAGCAAUGCAUUUCUAAAGGUGCUGAGGUCGACCUUGGGUCCAGGUGUUGGAAAUGACAGUGAUGUGUUGAGCGAGACACCUUUGAGGUCAGAUGCUGCGAAGAAGUGCGACCUAGUAUAGAAUCCGACGCCAACGUAAUGAUGAAAAACACUAUUCAUUCUCUUUCAUGUUCAACAGCGUUGGUUAAUUUAUGCCACCAAACACUGUAUGUUUCAAUCUUGUAUUAAAAAGUGUUCUCACCGGGAA